UCGACCGCCGCGCUCGACGUCUUCAAGCUCGCCGCGGCCGAGUUCGUCCACUCGGUCUUCCCCGAGGUCACGGUCGACAAGGCGUUCGAGGGAAUGGAGUCGGGCAAGACGGGCAAGCAGGCCCUCGGAGACUUUGUCGUCGCACUCGCCCGGUUCCGCCUCAAGGGCAAGCCGCAGGAGCUCGCUGAGAAGCUCGCCGCCGAGUUCAAGCCGACGCCGUACCUCGCCGAGAUUGGCGCGAGCGGCGCGUUCGUCUACUUCAACCUCCAGACCGAGGCCCUGUUCCGCACCGUCCUCGACCAGAUCAACACUCAGACGCACCUCACGCCGGACGAGGACCACUCGGCGCUGUCGCACUUUGCCAACCUGUCGCUGAGCGACGCCGGCGCCGACAAGCUCCCCGAGGGCCUGUCGCUCGCCAAGAAGAACGGCUACGGCACGAACAAGUCGGGCAAGGGCAAGAGCGUCAUCGUCGAGUUCUCGUCGCCCAACAUCGCCAAGCCGUUCCACGCUGGCCACCUCCGCUCGACCAUCAUCGGCGCCUUCCUCGCCAACCUUUACGAGGCCAACGGCUGGGACGUCCUCCGCAUGAACUACUUGGGUGACUGGGGCAAGCAGUUUGGUAUCCUCGCCGUCGGCUUUGAGCGGUACGGGUCCGAGGAGGAGCUCGAGAAGGACGCCAUCACGCACCUGUACGACGUGUACGUCAAGAUCAACAAGGACGGCGAGACCGACGAGUCGAUCCACGACCGCGCGCGCGAGUUCUUCGUCAAGAUGGAGGCCGGUGACGAGCACGCCGUCGGGCUGUGGAAGAAGUUCCGCGACCUGUCGAUCGUCAAGUACAAGGAGACGUACGCCCGCCUCAACAUCUGGUUCAACGUGUACUCGGGCGAGUCGCAGGUGUCGCAGGAGGCGCAGAAGCACGCGCUCGACCAGCUGCAGGGCUCGGGCAUCGUCGAGGAGAGCCAGGGCGCCCUCAUCGUCGACCUCAAGAAGUACAAGCUCGAGAAGACGAUCGUGCGCAAGAAGGACGGCACGAGCGUCUACAUCACGCGCGACAUUGCCGGCGCCGCCGAGCGCUUCGACAAGUACAACUUUGACAAGAUGGUCUACGUCGUCGCGAGCCAGCAGGACCUUCACCUCGCCCAGUUCUUCAAGGUGCUCGACCUCAUGGGCUACCCGUGGGCCAACACGCUGCAGCACGUCAACUUUGGCAUGGUCCAGGGCAUGUCGACGCGCAAGGGCACGGCCGUCUUCCUCGAGCAGAUCCUCGACGAGUCGAAGCGCGUCAUGCACGAGGUCAUGCAGAAGAACGAGGAGAAGUACAAGGCGAUCGAGGACCCGCAGUACACGUCGGACAAGCUCGGCAUCACGGCCGUCAAGGUGCAGGACAUGUCGGGCAAGCGCAUCAACAACUACGAGUUCAAGUGGGAACGCAUGACGUCGUUCGAGGGCGACACGGGCCCCUACUUGCAGUACGCGCACGUCCGCCUGUCGUCGGUCGAGCGCAAGAACGCGCCCGCCGUCGUCCUCCCGCCUCCCGCCGAGCGGUCGGCCGCCAUCAACGUCGCGCUCCUGAGCGAGCCCAAGGCGCGCGAGGUCAUCCUCCUGCUCGCGUCGUACCCGGACGUCGUCAAGGCGGCGUUCAAGUCGUUCGAGCCGGCGACGAUCUGCACCUACGCGUUCCGCCUGUCGCACGUCAUCUCGAGCGCGUGGGAGACGCUCAUCGUCAAGGGCCAGCCGCACGACCUCGCGCUCGCGCGCCUGUGGCUGUACGUCUCGGCCAAGGACGUCCUCGGCAACGCGCUCCGCCUCCUCACCCUGCAGCCCCUCGACCGCAUGUAGUUCUCGCCCGGUAAUGCCUAGAGUGUAAACCUCGUUCGCCUGG